AUGGCUGACAACGACGACGCUGCAGCCGCCGCCAAGGCCGCGGAGGACCAGCGCCUCGCGGCUGAGGCCGAAGCCCGCCGUGCCGAGGAAGCCCGCCUCCGUGCUGCUGCUCUGGACGAGUAUGAGCGCGCCCAUGAGGCCCUCUGGGCGCAAGCCACUGCCGUCGUCAACGUGAAGGCGCUCAUCCCUGUCAUCCUCGAUCAGGCGACGAACACCUACACCAAGUGGCGCGGCAUGUUCCUCACCGUCCUCGGCAAAUAUGCCCUGACUCGUCACGUCAUUGAGGAUGAAGCUUUCCCGUCGCGCCCAGCAUGGGUUCAAGUUGAUUGCUGCGUCCUGACUUGGAUCUACAACACCGUCUCCAGCGACCUGCAGCAAUCUCUAAUGAUGCGGCCGGGCCCCGCUCGCGGGGUGUGGUGCUAUCUCGAGGACGAGUUCCUCGGCCAAAAGGAGUCCCGGGCGCUUCUGCUCGAGACGAAAUUCCGCAACUUCCGCCAAGAGUCCCUGAGCAUCACCGACUACUGCCGCCAGCUCGAGUCGAUGGCGGCUUCCCUUGCCGAGUUCGGCGAUCCCAUCGGCGAUCGGCAGAUGGUGCUCACGCUCCUUCGCGGCCUCGGUGGCAAGUUCCGCCACAUGGUGUCCAUCCUCAAGAUGCACAGGCCGUUCCCCACGUUCGCGGAGGCACGAACGCACCUACUGUUGGAGGAGUUGGAAAUCGACGCACGUCCUCCGUCCCCGCCAUCCGCACUCGUCGCUGCAACGCCGCGGCCUGCAGCUCCCGGGGUUCCAGCACCUCCACGUUCGGGGGCGCCUCCUCCAGCACGUCCCCCGGCGCCAAACGGCCAACGCACCGGCCGUCGUCGCGGCCGCGGUGGACGCAACGGCCAGCAGCAAGGCCAAUCGGCGCUCCCUGGUGGCGCCCCUCCAGCUGGACAGGGAGGUGCACCCCCCGGCAUGCAUCCGUCCUUCACGCACCCAUGGGCUGGCACUGUACGGCUGUGGCCAUAUGACCAGUCCGGGCGCCCACCACUGCCGCCAGCGUUCAGCGCCGUUCCACAGUACAACGGUUUUGGCGCCAGCAGCUUUGGCGGCGCACCCAGCGCCUAUGGCGGCUUCUACGGCACUCCAUCCCCUCCGUACGGCACGUACUACGGGGGAGCUGCACCCCUAGGCUUCCAGGCGCCCGCACCGACGUACCAAGCGGCGCCCUGGAACCCCACUCACGGUGGUGCAUGGCAUCAGGACGCCCUUGCACACUCCUUCAACACCAUGACGCUCAACCCGCCGAACGCUACUUCCGAGUGGUACGCCGACUCCGGUGCAGGUUCGCACAUGACCUCGGACGCUGGUAAACUCUCCACCACUUCCUCGCCCACUUCAUUCACUCCUUCAUCUAUCAUUGUGGGAAACGGUGCCUUGCUCCCUGUCACAGCCACUGGAUCACAUACUUUUUCUUUACCGCAUCGCAAUUUAGUUCUCAAUAAUGUGCUGGUGUCUCCCAACAUUAUUAAGAAUUUAAUUUCUAUUCGUCGCUUUACCACCGACAAUAAUUGCUCCAUUGAGUUUGAUCCCUUUGGCCUUUCUGUGAAGGAUUUGCAAACCAGGAACGUGAUCGCCAGGUGCAAUAGCUCCGGUGACAUCUACCCAUUCUAUGCACCCUCCACCACCACCUCUGCGUUCCUCGCUGCACCCACCUCCCUUUGGCAUCGUCGUCUCGGUCAUCUUGGGCGUGAAGCUUUGUCCAAACUUAUUACCUCCAGUGUCAUUUCCUGUAAUAAAGAUGAUGUCAACCACAUAUGUCAUGCGUGCCAACUUGGUCGUCAUGCACGUUUGCCGUUCAGUUCAUCUACCUCGCGAGCUUCUCAUAAUUUUGAUUUAAUACACUGUGAUUUAUGGACCUCCCCAAUUGUUAGUGUGUCGGGCUAUAAAUAUUAUUUAGUAAUUCUUGAUGAUUGCUCCCACUACAUUUGGACGUUUCCCCUCCGCCUAAAAUCCGAGACUUUUUCCACCCUUGCCAGUUUCUUCACUUUUAUUCGCACACAAUUUGGCACCACCAUCAAGAGUGUCCAGUGCGAUAACGGCCGUGAAUUUGAUAAUUCUCAGGCACGCACGUUCUUUCUCUCCCACGGUGUUGCACUCCGCAUGUCGUGUCCAUAUACUUCUCAACAAAAUGGUAGAGCAGAACGUUCCCUUCGCACCAUAAAUAAUAUUUUACGUUCUCUCUUGUUCCAGGCGAGUCUCCCUCCGGUCUACUGGGUCGAAGCCCUUCACACUGCGACAUACCUUGUGAACCGGCUCCCCACUAAAACCCUCGCCUUCUCGACACCAUACACCUCCCUCUACUCUACCCAGCCCUCCUAUGAUCAUCUUCGAGUUUUUGGGUACUACUCCAUCGGCUCCUCAUGCUGUGCAUGGUACUGUACCCAUGCAUGGCACUGUAGCAGCACCUGA